AUGCCGAAUAAACUAGUAUCCAAUAGAAGAAACAAAGGAAAAGGUAUUAUCAAAGCAAGAUCUGAGCUUCCAAUACUAUUAGCAGAAGUUUCACAACAGUAUGUUUUAAAUGAACUAAGCAAGCCAAUAGAUAACAGUAACUUAGAUUAUGAGUGUAAAAGAUUAACUUCUUUAAAUGACUCUAUAAAUGAUAUACAAAUUCUAUGGUCCAAUAUGUCUGAAAUAAUCAGCAAAACAUUGAGUCAUAUUGAUAAUAACGAUGAAGGACUACAAUCAGAUCAUGAAUUACCUGAAUUACCUGAAUUAUCUGAACCAUCAGAUGAUAAUACUAAUAAUGGUAAUGGUAAUGGUGCUAGUUGUGUAUCAAAGAAUAUUAAAGCAGGCAAGUCUCUUAGAAAAGAACAACAUUUUCAUCAUGUUGACUCAAAAGCACCU